AUGGCGGCAAACCGGUGCACGAGGAGCCACGCGCAGCGCACAGGUACCCCUCUCCCGUCUUCUGCUGACGUCACUGAAUGUUCCGGAACGUGCCGCCAACAAGACGCUGAGGAAAAAGAGUAUGUGGGUUUCGCCUCGUUACCCAAACAACUGAACAGGAAAUUUGUGAAGAAAGGAUUUGACUUCACACUCAUGGUGGCUGGUGAAUCAGGUCUUGGUAAAUCCACACUGGUUAACAGUUUGUUCCUCACUGAUCUUCACAAAGACAGAAAACUUCUCAAUGCUGAAGAGCGCAUCCAUCAGACGGUGAACAUCAUCAAGCACACGGUGGACAUCGAGGAGGAAGGCGUGAAGCUGAGGCUCACCAUCGUGGACACGCCAGGCUUUGGCGACGCCGUCAACAACACUGACUGCUGGAAGCCGGUGUGCGAGUACGUGGACAAGCAGUUUGAGCAGUAUUUCCGUGACGAGAGCGGCGUGAACAGGAAGAAGAUUGAAGACAACCGCGUGAACUGCUGCCUCUACUUCCUGCCUCCUUUCGGACACGGGCUGCGCCCGGUGGACGUGGCGUUCAUGAGGGCGCUGCAGGAGAAGGUCAGCGUGGUCCCCCUGAUCGCCAAGGCCGACGUCCUCACGCCGAGCGAGACCAAAGCGCUCAAGGGCAAGCUGAGGGACGAGAUGGACGCGCACGACGUCAGAGUCUACCAGUUCCUCCACGGCGACUCGGACGACGGCGACGACUCCAGGCAGAAAGACCUGAAGGACAGCAUGCCCUUCGCCGUAAUUGGCAGCAACACCAUGGUGGAGGUCAGAGGUCAGCGGCUGCGAGGGAGGACGUACCCCUGGGGCUUCGUGGAGGUGGAGAACCCGCGUCACUGCGACUUCGCCCAGCUGAGGAGCAUGCUGAUCCAGACGCACAUGCACGACCUGAAGGACCUGACCUCGGACCUCCACUACGAGACCUUCAGAGAACGCCACAUCAGCAACAUGAGCAGCAAGAUGGAGGCGGAGCGGCGGGCGGAGAGCCCACUCCCGUCGUCGGCCGCGUUGGACCCGGAGACGGACAAAGCCAUCCAGAAGAAGGACGAGCAGCUGAGGAGGAUGCAGCAGAUGCUGCAGAAGAUGCAGCAGCAGAUGCACGAGCAGGACCUCUGACCUCCAGCAACACCACCCAGUAACACCACAGACAUCUUAUAAGCUGCUGUGACGCGAGGAAUUGGGCCGCCAUCUUGAAGUGGUGAUGAGGAGCCGGCGAGCAGCCUAAACUGGCAGUUGACAGGUAGAAAUCAAAGAUGGUGUUCAGCCUUUUCCUGCUCAAAUGAGCGGACUGUUGAAAAUAGGAAUUAGAGGAUUACUUUUCACAAGUAAGAUUUAACAUUAACGUACUAUUGGUUGUAUUUCGUGAAAAUAAUAUUAGCACAGAGUUGAGAAGGAGCAAACAUCUUCAAAAGUACUGAAAUCGUAGCCGCUAGCAAACAAGAGUAUGACCAUAAUAUAACUGCUUGUCAAUGAAAUUAAUUACAUUUAAAAAUGUCACACUUGAAUAACAAAGUUGAAAUAAAUGAUGAAGAUAAAGAUUGUAAAAGCCAACAGGGGUAAAAGUUAGAACCACAGUCUGCAAACCUAUGGUGGCAUCAUGCCUUCAGUGUGCAUAUUGUAUACACACUACCGUUCAAAAGUUUGGGGUCACAUUGAAAUGUCCUUAUUUUUGAAGGAAAAGCACUGUACUUUUCAAUGAAGAUAACUUUAAACUAGUCUUAACUUGAAAGAAAUACACUCUAUACAUUGCUAAUGUGGUAAAUGACUAUUCUAGCUGCAAAUGUCUGCUUUUUGGUGCAAUAUCUACAUAGGUGUAUAGAGGCCCAUUUCCAGCAACUAUCACUCCAGUGUUCUAAUGGUACAAUGUGUUUGCUCAUUGGCUCAGAAGGCUCAUUGAUGAUUAGAAAACCCUUGUGCAAUCAUGUUCACACAUCUGAAAACACUUUAGCUCGUUGCAGAAGCUACAAAACUGACCUUCCUUUGAGCAGAUUGAGUUUCUGGAGCAUCACAUUUGUGGGGUCAAUGAAACGCUCAAAAUGGCCAGAAAAAGAGAACUUUCAUCUGAAACUCGACAGUCUAUUCUUGUUCGUAGAAAUGAAGGCUAUUCCACAAAAUUGUUUGGGUGACCCCAAACUUUUGAACGGUAGUGUAGUUCUCUGCAAACCUAUGAAAUGUUCUAUUUUGUCUUCAUUAUUUUGUCAGAAUGCUUCAUUUGUAUGUGAAAAUCACAAAGAAAUCUUCUGGGGGAGGAUGACCCCCCUACCGGGGUUUGGUUUACAAACUUUCAGCCCCACCUAAAACAAAAUUCACCAGCCGCCACUGAUUAUGAUGCAUUCUCAUUUUAGGCAAAGUAUAAGACAAUACUCUCUUAACAGUAUAAUUGUAACCAGGAAUAAGUCUUCAAGUAACAAUAUUUAAAUACUAACAUUGUUGGGUAAAUAGAAUUUGGUUUUAUUCUGAAUCCAGUGAAACAGAUUGGUGGUUUUAACUGAUAUAAAGACUUUCAGGUGUUUAUAUAUGUUUAUGUUGAAGUAUUUGGCAGACGCUUUUAUCCAAAGCGACAUACAUAAAAAAUACAUAUAAAACAAUCACUGUAAACAUGAUCAUUUAAGGGAAGAAUGUAAUACAAAAUAUCAAUACAAAGUGUCAAGACAGAAUAAACUCUCUGCUGCUGCAGCAACAGAGAUACAGUCUAUAGAUAUGUAAAUAUCUAAUGUAUUCAUAAAUUGUUUAUGUAGGAUACAAGCAUGUUUAUAUAACCUAAUCAUAUUGUUUAUUCAAUUUAAAAAUAGCUGACCGUUUUUUCCCCCUUCUCUGGGAUUAUAUUCCCAGUUUUGAUCUUGGACGUCUGGUCAUUUAUGGCAAAUAAGAAUAUUCUAUUACUGUUAAGCAAACUAUGAAUAAUAAAACAUGUGUCCUUUAUCAUAGCUACACGUAUGAUUAAAAAAGCGUGUGAAAAUCAGUGGUAUUCAGUGAGGUAAGAUGAAUUAAGUGCGCUGACAGUUCAUUGCUCCCGCCAAAUGAAUUGCACUGAGUGGAGCAGAUCACCACUCCAAGAUGGCGGCCCCGCGUCUCGUCAGCAGUAGCUCUCCAUGCUGUGUCUACUUAUAAGAUGUCUAUGGGUAAAACACUCUUAGCUUAGCUUUGCUGAACUCUGUUACUUUUAUUGAUGACUUUUUCUACCUUUAUAUUUCCAGACUACUCCUCCGAGCAUGCAUUGCUUUGUGUACAAUCAGACAUCAGCAAAUGAACAUUUUGUUUAGUACACAACUAUUAAUCACUAAUAAAGAAGAAGUACUACACUACGAGUACAUUGUCGUGUACGCUUAUACUUUAUAUGAAAUCAAUUAAGCGGAAACGGUCGCUUGUAGUUGUUCGUCUUAAUUUGGUAACUUCCGCCCUGCGAAUCCGGUGGAUUUAUGGAAAAGAAGGAAUCCAUGUUUAUCUUUGCGCUCUUUCACUUGACCUGACCUGUCGGUUUCUUCUUAAACUUUGCUCAAACGUUGAAGAAAAUCUCCAUUUAAUUGUCUGCAGCAUGUGUAUGCAUCCCGGAGACGAGGUCGGCGAAUUCUGACACCAUGUUGUAAAACGCUUGUACUUUAUAUGAUAUCAAUAAAGCGGAGACGGUCGAUUGUAGUUGUUGGUCUUUAUUUGGUAACUUCCGCCCUGCCUCCCACACCGCGCAUGCGCGCAGGCAUCGCUCUCUGCCCAUAUAUUACAUACACAACUAUAAUCUGUGUCUUUAUUACCAAUCAGACACUGAAUUUAAGUACCUGAAUGUAUUGCCUUUGAAUUUUGUCAACUGAAUUAUGCUGACAAUUUCAUUGA